AUGAGCCACGUGCAAACGAUCGGCACUUCCACUAUGACUUUGUGGAUUGCGUGGGGGGCCCUAUGGCUAGGGUGGCUUGCCGCCGUACAGGGCCUCUUGCUCAGUGACCAGAGCAUAAGGGAAAUACUACAGGCGGAUAGUCGCCCAUGGCUGGACGUUACGAAUUCGUCCUCGCUGCUAUCCCGCAUCCUGAUUCCGCGAGUUUCUGGCACACACAAUAAUUCACUGGUGCGCGACGCGCUCAUCGAGCCGUUUCUCUCGCGAGUGGACAUUUCCGGGCGGCCCAAGUGGCAUGUUGAUACAAUUCCAUUUGAGGCAACGACACCGCUGGGCAAGAGAAACAUGACCAAUAUCAUUCUGACGCGUGACCCCCAUGCAUCGCGGAAGCUGGUUCUGGCGGCCCAUUACGACUCCAAAUACUUUCCAUCAGACAGCACCGAAGCUGGCUUUGUGGGUGCUACAGACAGUGCCUUUCCCUGUGCGCUGCUAGUGGAUGUCGCCAUGUCACUCGAUGCCAAGCUGGAUGCGUAUACACACAGUCGGAAUGCCUCGCGUGGCUCCCAUGGUAUGUUCGACAACGGUGUGUCCCUGGAAAUUGUUUUCUUUGAUGGUGAGGAAGCCUUUGUGACAUGGUCGCGCACAGAUUCUGUGUAUGGCGCCCAGCAGUUGGCGGCGCUAUGGGCCGACACAUGGACGCUCCCGGGCUCCUCGCUACCCUACGAGCCCCGGCACGAGGUGGGCCCAUCGUCUGCGGUGCGUCGGAUCCACACGAUCGACCACAUGGUCCUCUUUGAUUUGCUUGGCGCUGCAGGGCCCAGAAUACCCAUUUUCUUCCGGAGCACCGGUCACUUGCACGGUCUGUUGGCGCAGAUUGAGCGUCGACUCGAUAAGAACCAAUGGCUGUGGCCGCCAGGCACGCAGCACCCGCCCAUCUUUCAGUCGUAUAUGAGCAGCGGCAUGGUGCAAGAUGACCACAUCCCCUUUCUGGAGCGCGGCGUGCCCAUCCUGCACCUGAUACCCUAUCCAUUCCCCUCGGUGUGGCACACAGCGCGCGACAAUCAACAGGCACUCGAUCGCGAAACUAUGGACGCAUGGUCAAAGCUGGCGCGCGUGUUCACGGCAGAGUACCUGGGCCUGACAUGA